AUGAGCAUUUACAGGUAUUAACAUUUAUAUAUGUGCUAAGUAAUAUAUGUAGAAUACAUAUAUGUGUAUAUAAAUAUAAUUGCGUUUGCGUUAUAUAAAUACUUUUUAUCUUUCUCUUCAAGUUGUGUUAUAUGUAUAUUGAAAACUGUAAACAAUCUAAAGUUGUAAUGUAAAUAAAAAAAAUAUAUUUAAUUCUCUCUUUUAUAAAUUUCUUAAAUAAAGUACACUAAACGAAGCUUCUAGUUCGUGUCAUAGUUUCAAUUUUAUUUUUACAAUUAAGACAGGUUUAAAAAGUAGAUCAAACAAGUAUUAGUAUUUUAAAUUUAAAUAUUUAUAUAUAUAUAUUUUUAUUAAUUUUUAAUAUAUUGUUGAUUUAUAAAUUUACAGAUUUGUUUUGCGCGCCUUUCAUCAAACGAGAUAUCGAUAUGUGAGAUCAAGCGAUAUGGCAAGAGAUCGAAAUUUCGACCAGAAAUCGCAAGUAAUCGUAUAUCGAACCCGUUAGCCUUUCUUCCUUUUCCGGUAUGAUGUGCCACGGUUGCUUGGGUAAUAUUUUUCGUCUUUCAUUCUCGUCAUAAUACGUUAAUCUCACCGCCUGCGAAAGCACAAGCUGGUUUUCAUUGGACCGGGUAAAACUACUUGUUCUAUUAGAAAUAAUUUUUUUCCUGUUCUAUCUAAUUUUUACUGUUUCAAUUCAAUCAAAUUUGCCUUCUAUCUCUACCCAAUCUGAUGUAAAACAACAGCUUUUACGUAUUAUAUUGCUUUAUAAAACCGCUUAUUCACUUUGCAUGUUGAUACCAUUGACGUUCAUGUAAUAUUCAUCUUAUAUAUAAUUUUAUAAUUACAUCUUUUUUAAGAUUAAGUCUCUGAGCUCAAAAAUAAUAUUGUAUACUUAUGAUUCUUAUAUAUAUCUCCAUAUUAGUCAAAUUUUUCUACGAGGUACCUAUAUGUAAAUUUUGGUGUUGAUCAAGUCAAAUUUAACUAUUACAACUGAAAUAAUUAUAUUUCCUUUUACAUUUUAAUGUAUAAUUUCUAUAAAAUGAGAAAAGAGUAUUAGAUUGAAUUAAGCGUAUAUACGGAUUUCAUAGCAUAGAGUACUCGAUCACCGCAAUUGCGUAUAUACAGAGCAAUCGAAAAACUCGCCAGGCAUUCUGGGUAAAAUUUCCGUGAGUAAUCAAAAUGGCUGUCAUACAACGAUUUCCGUUUUGCGACUACGUUUUAAUGUAAUUCGUUAAAACGAUAUUUUUUUUGGAAAUAUUGGGGGUAAAAUCGUAAUAUAAAUAUUUAUUUUAUCAGAAAACAGUUUUUUCGGAAUUUGAUAUUAAGUUGGUGAAAGAUGUAAUUUUUAUUACAUUUGUAAGGCGUUCAUUUUACUAAAGGGUGUAGAUGAAAGAAGGAGAGGGGGGGGGAGCGCGCGCGCGUUGCACUAUGGGUUGGAGACAGGACGGCGAGAGACGGUCGGGGAGAGCGAAAGAACGAGUUCAGUUCACAAAAUGGCGGCCAAGCUCAGGCCUGUGACCAUAUAGUACGUGAAAAUUCGAUAAUUUUGUAUGAUGUAGCGACUUUAUACAUCAAUAGUCGUUUAAUAUUGCGGACACGUAUAUACACAGCAGUUUAAUUAUUAAAUUAACGUGAUUUUGUGUGUGGUGCGUGUAAUAUCGAGAUAUCGGUGCGACGCGCAGACGGAACGAUGCAGGUGAGUGGUCGAGUUCGAAAAUUGUUUAAGUUACAGCUUUUCUUCAACUUUUUUUUAGCAAUAAUUGUUUGUUUUCGUUGCUAAUACGAGCAUCAAUGUUGUUUUAAAGAAUAAUUUGCGUGAUAUAGCCACAGUGUUGUUUGGAAUAGGAAAAAAUCGCGUUGUCACAUACGUUUCAUUAAACUACAAGGAGAAAAAUCCUCGUAAAAAUGAAAAAAAUCAUUGGAAUUUUGUUUAAAAGGUUUCUGCGUAUAGGGCGGGGUCUUACUGACCUUAUGAGCUCAGGGACUUGUCUUCAGUAAAUCACAAUUUUCUGCAAUUUUACAUAGUUUUCAGCCUCUUAAUAACCUAUAAGUUUGUUUACAUUCAUUCAUUUUGACAUUUAUCACUUAAAAUAUCAUUGUUCCACACUAUUUUUUAUAAAAAAUGAUUCCUUGCAAUCUCCUUUAUCUUGGGCCUAUGCUUAUUCAAAAAUUUUAAAUAGACCCAUUUUUGUAAAUUAAGCUCAAAGAUUGAUGCACAUUCUCUGCAUUAUAGUUGAGACUGUGUAGCACAAUCACUUGCAAAAGUUGUAGCAAUUAUAUGCUUUUCAUGUGGAAAAUAUUUCAUAUAAUCUGGGUUUUUCCUUAAAAAGAAACCAGAGAUUCUUCUCUAUUUCAAGAAUUUUUCAUAUAUUAUGAAUCUUUAUUUAUCAUAUGUUUUCCAUAAAACUUGAAUUUUUAUAAACUGAAUUACAUCAUAUGUUUAUUUUACAUUUACAAAUAAUACAGAGAUAAUACAUUUGUAACUUUAAAUGUUAUUUUUACUAGAAUUUUACACAAAUAAGGUAUAAAAUUAAUAAGUACAAUGAUUUGUAUAAAUGGGAUGUUUACAUUCGUUCCCUAUUAGACAUAUUUCUUCUUGUUAUAUAAUAUUUAAUACAUUAUGACAAAUAGUAUGUUUUUACCACAAUAUACGAAACAAAACUUGAUAUUGAGACUUUUAAGAAUAAGAAUUGAUUAUGUAAAUAUCAUAAAUAAUUUGAUAUUCCUUUAUGUUAUUUACAUGUUAGAAAACAAGAUAUGGAACUUCAUAUGUGAAAAUUUAUUAUUCCUCAAAUUGUAAAGAUAUUAUUAAUGUACAUGUUAUGUACCAAAAUAUAUCUUUAUUACAUGUAAGAGUUACUCAUUGAUAUUGAUAUCAUCAUUAAUAAAGUAUUGUGUAAGAUUUAGGAUAACUGUGUGUUAAUUUUCAUAUUAUAUAUCAGUAAUACUUGUAAAAGUUUAAAAUACUUUUCAUUAUCAUGAAAAAUCUUAAAAAAAAAAGUCAAAAUUUGUUGCAAAAGGAGCAAAACAAUUGAAGAAAUAAUUCUGUUACAAAGAUUUUGUUAGCAGAAGCACAUAGUACUGUUAUAAUUUUAGAUAUAAAUUGUUUGUGUAAAGUGUGAUAUAAUUUAUUUUCAAACAGUAUUGUGCUUCGUACUUAAGUUAUAUUUUAUGUUAUCAGCAAUAUAAGUUUGGGAAUAUUUAUCUCUAUGAGUCUUCUAUUACAAGUAUUUAACUAACUAUAGAUUCUGAUAUUGAAAUUAUAACUUAUAACUACUCCAGAAUUAUUGUGAAUAAAUUUUCUCCUUAACUCUUAUCUUAUUUAAGAAACAGAUGUAAAUCUUUAAGUUCAGUCUAAUGUUAUGCAUAAUGUAUUUGCUGAAUUGUUUAAUAAAUAUGAAUAGUACUUAAAAUGUUGAAUUAUGUUAUUCUGAAAUACCCAUUAUACCUUAUAGUGGUUAUUUGCAAGAAAAUGUUUUAUAUAUAAGAAAUUCUGCAGUACUUUUGCUGCAGUUAAAAUAGUUACAUGCAACACACAGAAAAUAUUAAAAGAUGAAUUCAUCUGUUUAAAGCAUUUUGAUCAAUUUCUGAUUUUUACAAAGAAUAUUGUUUUUAAAAAAUGGAAUUUUCAACAUGUGUAUGUAACUAUUUUCUUCAAAAUAAAUACAUAUGUUUAAACAUAUAUUUCCUUGAUAUAAUUGAAUGUAUCCAAGGAUAUAAAAUGUACCAAAGUUUUAGUACUUUAUUGAAGUGUCUCUAAAAGGCAUAAUGAAAAGGUUGGAAAUCAAGCAAUUCUUAACUACAAAAUGGUGGUCAAGAAUUAUAAAAUGGAGGAGAUAUCUUCUUGAUAGAUGGCACUGUUAAUUUAUGUGCUAUGUUGUAAAUAUUAAAAGUAUGUUAAAUUAUAAAAAGCACAUUGUGCUAAUAUCUUAAAAAUAUGUCAGAAUAGAUUUAAAGAACUACUAUAAAAGACAUAAAUAAUAUAAUUAAAAAAUAUAUUUUUAUUAUAAAUAUGAUGAAUAAAAACUAUUCCAAACAACAACUGCGACUUGUAUUUUUUAAAAUAGAACAAUGCUAGAUUUGUCUGAUUAAAUUACAGAAAACAUUAGAAUCUGAGUCUGGUAAAGAAUCUGGAUCUGAUUCUGAAAAUGAAAGUAAAAGUGAUAGCUCUUCUUCUGGAAGUAAUACAGGAUCUGGUUCUGGCUCAGAAAGUGACUCUAGCUCCUCAAGUGGUUCCGGGUCUGGAUCAGGUUCUGAUUCUGAUAAAUCAGACAAGUGGGAUGCACCUGCACAAAGUUCAAAUCACAGCACAGAAACAAAAGUUAAGCUUAAAAAUGAGUCUAGUCGUGAGUGGGAUGAGAAUCCUGACAUUUAUGGAAUCAGAAGAUCCGGCCGUUCUAGGAAAGAGCCAGAAAGGCUUGCUACCCAACGUGAAAGUGAUAGCGAUAGUCGCAAGAAAUUUAAGAAAAGGGGUUCACAUAAUUCAUGGAAUUCGGAUAGUUCAGAUUCAGAAUCUGAUGAUGUUGAAAGUAGAAGACCUCCACCUAGUAAAUCGUUAAACAGACGCGCUGCGCAAAAAGCCAAAGAAAAGUCAAGGGCACGAAAAAAACGAAUUUCGGAAUCAUCUGAAAAUUCUUCUUUUGACAGUGAUGAUAACAGACGACAAGUUACAAGAAGAACUGGAACUGCUAUUAGUUAUAAAGAAGAAAGUGAAGAAAGAACUGACAGUGAAGAUCUUGUAGAGGUUGAAGAAGGUAGCACUGCAAAUGCAGAACCAGAUAAUGCAGAAACUAUUGAACGAAUUUUAGGACAAAGAAUUGUUGUAGGAAAUGUUACAACAAUUUAUGCUAUAGAAGAAAAUGGUGAUCCAAAUCCAGAAGAUUUAUCUAAUGAAGAAACUGAACUGCAGUAUUUAAUAAAAUGGAAAGGUUGGUCUCACAUACAUAACACGUGGGAAUCAGAAGAAUCUUUAAAAGCACAAAAAGUAAAAGGAUUAAAAAAAUUAGAUAAUUUUGUUAAACGGGAGCGGGAAAUUAAACAAUGGAGGGAUUAUGCCGGACCCGAAGACAUAGAUUAUUUUGAAUGUCAAUUGGAACUUCAACAAGAUCUUCUAAAAAGUUACAAUAAUGUUGAAAGAAUUAUUGCUGAAUAUAAUAAGCCUGAUUCAGAUCAUCCGGAUUAUUAUUGUAAAUGGGAAAGUUUACCUUAUGCUGAAGCUACAUGGGAAGAUGGAGUAUUAAUUGUUAAGAAGUGGCCAGAGAAAAUUAAAGAAUUUCAUGAAAGAGAAGAGUCAAAGAGAACACCAACAGACGAAAUGGGUCUUGGUAAAACUAUACAAACAAUAUGCUUCCUUUAUUAUUUAUUCCAUACACACCAGCUUUAUGGGCCAUUUUUAUUAGUAGUCCCUCUUUCAACAAUGACUUCCUGGCAAAGAGAAAUGUCACAAUGGGCACCAGAUAUGAAUUUUGUUACAUAUUUGGGUGAUGUCACAUCUCGUAAUGUUAUUAGAGAGUAUGAAUGGUGUUAUAGUUCAAAAAGAUUAAAAUUUAAUGCAAUACUCACGACAUAUGAGAUAGUACUUAAGGAUAAAGCAUUUCUAGGUGCCUUAAAUUGGGCCGUAUUGUUAGUAGACGAAGCACAUCGAUUAAAAAACGAUGAUUCUCUCUUAUAUAAAGCCCUUGCUGAAUUUCAUACAAAUCAUCGUCUUUUAAUAACUGGUACUCCAUUACAAAACAGUUUGAAAGAAUUAUGGGCCUUAUUACAUUUCAUAAUGCCUACCAAAUUUGGUUCAUGGGAAGAGUUUGAAAAAGAGCAUGACAAUGCUGCUCAGAAAGGAUAUUCCAAGUUACAUAAACAAUUAGAACCAUUUAUUUUACGACGUGUUAAAAAAGAUGUAGAAAAAUCUCUACCUGCUAAAGUUGAACAAAUAUUACGAGUGGAAAUGACAUCCUUACAAAAACAAUAUUAUAAGUGGAUAUUAACUAAAAAUUAUAAUGCAUUACGGAAAGGUGUUAAAGGUUCUACCAUGACGUUUCUAAAUAUCGUCAUUGAAUUGAAAAAAUGUUGUAAUCAUGCUUUUCUUACAAAACCUACUGAAAGUGAAAGAAAAGACAAUAAUGAAGAUUACUUACAACAAUUGAUUAGAGGUUCUGGAAAAUUAGUUCUUCUUGAUAAAUUAUUGGUGAGAUUACGAGAAACAGGUCAUAGAGUGUUAAUAUUUAGUCAAAUGGUCAGGAUGUUAGAUAUUCUUGGGGAAUAUCUACAAAAAAAACAUUUUCCAUUCCAAAGAUUAGAUGGAAGUAUAAAAGGAGAACUACGAAAACAAGCUCUAGAUCAUUUUAAUGCCGAAGGAUCACAAGAUUUUUGUUUUUUAUUAUCAACAAGAGCAGGUGGUCUUGGUAUUAAUCUUGCUACUGCUGAUACUGUUAUAAUUUUUGAUUCAGAUUGGAACCCACAAAAUGAUUUACAAGCACAAGCUAGAGCACAUCGUAUUGGACAAAAAAAUCAGGUAAAUAUUUAUCGCUUAGUGACAAAAAAUUCUGUAGAAGAAGAGAUAGUAGAAAGAGCAAAACAAAAAAUGGUUCUGGAUCAUCUUGUAAUUCAACGAAUGGAUACAACUGGUCGAACAGUAUUAGAUAAAAAAAAUGCAGGGACCAAUAAUAAUCCAUUUAACAAAGAAGAUUUAAAUGCUAUUUUAAAAUUUGGAGCUGAAGAUUUAUUUAAAGAUGAAGAAGAUGGAGAUGAAGAACCUACUUGCGACAUUGAUGAAAUUUUGAGGAGAGCGGAAACGAGAGAUGAAGGGCCUUCAACAGUAGGCGAUGAGUUGUUAUCUGCAUUCAAAGUUGCUAGUUUUGCUGCAUUUGAAGAAGAAUCCGAACCAGUUAAUCAACCCAAUGAUAAUGAUGAUGAAAGUAAAGAUUGGGCUGAAAUUAUUCCAGAAAAUUUUAGGAAAAAAGUGGAAGAAGAAGAAAAAUCAAAAGAAAUGGAAGAUUUAUAUUUACCUCCAAGAAGUCGGAAAACAUUGCAACAAAUUAAUCAAAGUGGUGAAGCAAGAGGACGAAAGAGAAAAAAGUUAUCCGUCGAUGACAGUGAUGAAGGUGAGGAUUCUGGAAGUGAAGCUGAAGGUAGUGACGAUGAACGUCCUAAAAAAAGAGGUAGACCAAGAGUUACACCACGAGAAAAUAUUAAAAGUUUUACUGACGCAGAGAUACGGAGAUUUGUUAAAAGUUAUAAGAAAUUCCCUGCACCGUUGAAAAGAUUAGAUGAUAUUGCGGCGGACGCAGAAUUACAAGAAAAGCCAAUGUCAGAAUUACGUUUCUUAGGAGAUCAAUUAAAAUCUAGAUGUGAAGCUUGUUUAUCUGAAUUUGAAAGUACCGCAAAAGAAAAUAAAGGUGAAGAGGAAGGUAAAGGUCCUGGUCGUAAAAGAGGUAGAGGUCCUACAUUUAAAAUUGGUGGUGUUAUGGUCAAUGCAAAAUCAUUCUCAGCUGCAGUAAAGGAAUUAGAACCUUUAGAACAGGCUUUACCUUCUGAUUUUGAACAGCGGUCUAAUUGGCAUAUUGACAUCAAAUUGAAACCGGCAAAUUUUGAUUGUGAUUGGAGUUCUGAAGAUGACUCUAGACUUUUAAGAGGUAUAUAUCAACACGGCAUGGGUUCAUGGGAAGCCAUAAAAAUGGAUAAUAAUUUAAAAUUGGGUGAUAAACUUUUUCCAAAUGGUAGUAAACUUCAAUUUAAAAAAAUAAACACUCGAGCCGAAUAUCUACUAAAAGUACUCAAGAAACAAAUUGAUUCGAAAUUAGGAGUGAUUAAGGCAAGGAAACCGAGGAAACCAAAAGAGACAAAAACUGCAAUUACAAAAGAAAUUGUAGAAGAAAAUGAUAGUUCAACUGAAGAGAGUAAAUCUAAAUCCAAAAUUGAAAAGCCAUCGAUGAAAAAAGAAGAAGAAGUUGUUAUAAAAAAAGAAAUUAAAGAAGAAAUUGAAGAGAUAGUAGAAGAGAAAAAAAAAGAAAAAAAAACUAAAAAGGAAAAAAAAGAAAAUAAAAAGGUUAAGAAAGCAAAACAAGCAGCAGGUCCCAUGCACUUCACUGCUAAUAACGAACCAAGAGCUCUUGAUGUUCUUGGUGAUUUAGACCCUUCUAUAUUUAACGAGUGUAAAGAAAAAAUGAGACCAGUGAAGAAGGCGCUUAAAGCUUUGGAUAGACCAGAUCAGUCCUUAAGUGAAACGGAACAAGUCGCCCACACGAGGCAAUGUCUUGUACAAAUUGGAAACCAAAUUAACACUUGUUUAGAAGAAUAUAGAGAUCCUGAACAAAUAAAAGAAUGGAGAAGUAAUUUAUGGUACUUCGUAUCGAAGUUUACGGAAUUUGAUGCGAAGAAACUAUAUAAAUUGUACAAACAUGCAACAAAAAAAGGUGGUGAAAGUAAUACAAGUGCAACGUCGAGCCCAGAAAAGAAAGAAGAAUCAAAUAAUGUAAAGAAGCAUGAAAAACAUAUCGAUAAACAAGUAGAAAAUAUUAAAGAUAGUAGAUUACAAAAACGAAAAGUCGAAGAUAUGGAAGAAAAUUCAAAUAGUAGCAGUACACCGAGUAAGAAACAUCUUUCAAUUAUAUCUGCUGUAAACAGUAUCAGCAAUACAUCUUCUGUUACUAUUGGUGCUACCACUAUCACACCCAUUACGUCGACUCCAAAUUCCACUUCAAGUACCACUAAUAGUGUAGAUACUCCGCGACACAAAGAAAAGGAAUCAAAACAUAAAGACAUGAAAAGAGACAGAGAACGUGAUAGAGAUAGAGAUAGAACUCAUAGUGAUAGAGGUAUGGACAGGAUGAGUGGAAAUAAAGAUGAACGAAUUAGAAGAGAUAGUGGCGGUUAUAGUAUAAGUGGACAUUAUAGUGGAAGUAGAGAAGAUGACCAUUGGUUAUCCCGUGAUGGAAGAGACAUGCGAGAUGGAAGUAUAGUAUAUAUUAUACCCCCCAUGUAUAGGUUUGGAGAUCACAAACGUGAUCGUUUCGAUUCUUAUGGCCGAAUGUCUAGUGCAUAUCAUCGUGAUAGAGAUCGCGAUCGUGAUCGCAGUAUGCAUAUGAAUGAUAAACGAAGAUAUCCAUCAGGACCACCUAGUUAUGGAUAUGGUCCAGGAGGAUAUGGUGGAGGUGGUGGUGGUUAUCCGUCUGAUAUUCCUCCAAGCCAUUUUAGAAGUCGAGGUUAUCCAGGAGAUAAUUAUUCUAGCGAUUGGCGACCAAACAAAGAUUAUCGACGAGAUUAUGAUAGAAGACCUCCGCCAAAUGCUAACUCCUAG